UUGCCAAAAUAUUAAGCACAGUUUUCAAUUAGAGACACUUGAUAGCAAAGAUAUGAAAGACAAGAUUCUAUUCAUUCAGUAUAAUGUCAUAAAAUGUAAUCAUCAAUGACUGAAAAUUAAUCAGCUUCUCAGGUUUAGUAUCUCCUUUGGAAUCAAAAUCAAGUUACAACCAACAAUGAAAAAUAAUGGAAAUAAAGUCUCAUUUCCUUAUUUCCGGUAAACUUAAUUCCAUGAUAUUCAGUUUGCUAAAUAGUUUGGUUUUUAUCAUUGUUAACUGGUUUCAAGAUUUAAUGUACAACCAAUUGAUAUAACAUAAAACAAUUAAGGAUAUAUGUAAUUUAUGAAUAUCCUUAAUUUUAGUGAAACUGAAAACAUUGUUACAAUUUAAUUUGUCUGUCACUUUUCAUGAAACGAUUUGGAUUUAAUUUUUGUACUAGAUGAUGAAAACAAGCAAUAGGCCUGAUUUUGAUUGGGCAUCAUAUCUCGACAGAUCUAUUGUCCUACAAAAUUUGAGAAAAUCGUAUUCAUUCUGUGAUAUUUUAUUAGUAUCUUCCGAUAAUAGAGAGUUUCCAGCCCAUUUGACAGUUUUAUCAGCGCUUGGUCCCAAUUUCAGUAAUGUCUUACAAAGUCAGCUGAACGAUGAAAAAUCAUUGGAGCAAAAAGAAGCCCCUAAAAGAUCCUGUGCUCAUUGUCAGGUUCUGAGAAGAAUAAAGUUACCAAACAUUUCAGGAUUCGUUUUAUCGGCUCUUAUUGAUUGCGCUUACAAAGGUGUAUUCAGUAUACCUUACAAUAGAGUUUGGGAUGUCCUAGCAACAGCUGAAGAGUUUGAAAUGGAAUCUAUUAUCACAGCUUGUUGUAAUUUUCUGGUUCACCAUUUGAAUCGAGAAAAUUGUAUUGAACUUUUGUAUUUGGGAAUCAAGCAUAACCAUAAGAUCCGAACACUUGCUUGGUCUAUGAUUAAACGAGAGUUCACAUGGUUAACAGAUUCGGCAAUAAAAUUUUCCACCAUCUCAUUGAAACAUUUAGAGAUUCUUUUAGAUGAUGAUGAAUUGGAUAUUGAGUCAGAAGAGUUGGUUUGGAAAGCGAUAAAACGCUGGAUUAAUGAACAGCCCCAAUCAACACGAGCAUCUCAAUCAUCUGGAGUACUGAUUGGUAAAUUACUUGGUUAUCUGCGCCAUGGUCGAGUAACUCAAGCCUUUUUGACAAAUAAUUUGGCAAAAGACUCAUUGAUUUAUUUGGAUGAGUUUACUUCCAAGUUGGUUGCAUCGAUGAUUAAACAUAAUCGCUAUGAAUUCGGUAAACAGUUAUUGGAUGGACACGGAUUUCCAGUUGGACAUGAACCAAAGCACAUUAGACCAAGAAUUCCUGGAUCCAUUAUUUUUGCCAUUGGUGGCUGGCAAGAUGGCGUACCAACGUCUUUAAUUGAAACAUAUGAUUAUGUAACCAAUAAAUGGUUUGAAUGUAAAACAGGUCAAAGGGUUCCUAGAGCUUAUCAUGGUAUUGAAGUGAUUGGAGGAGUAAUUUAUCUUGUUGGAGGAACCAAUGGAGCUGAAAUAUUGAACACGGUUAACUGUUUUGAUCCAGAAUCAAGAAGAUGGUUUCAAAAGGCAAACAUGUAUGAGCAACGGUGUUACGUUUCAACAGCUGUUCUUGAUGGCCAAUUGUAUGCCAUGGGCGGUCAUAAUGGUUUACAUAGGAUUCGUUCAGUUGAAAGAUAUGAUCUGGCAAGCAAUCAAUGGACUCGAAUCAAUGAGAUGAACUUAGCUCGAUCCGAUGCUUGUGCAGCCAUCCAUGAAAAUAAGAUUUUCAUCGCUGGAGGAUUGAAUGAUCAGGUUAUUGAAAAUUCCGUUGAAAUGUAUGAUCCGGCCACUCAUAGAUGGACUUUAAUUCAACCCAUGAAUUCACCACGAACCAGUUUAGCUCUGGUUUCCUAUCAAGGAUCAUUAUAUGCAUUAGGAGGUAACAAUGGAUUUGAAAGACUUCCAACUGUGGAAAGAUAUGAUUUUGAACAAGAAAGUUGGUUUUCGGCUCCUAGCAUGCGAUCUCAGAGGAGCACAUUUUCAGCUUGUGUACUUGGUAACUAUAUUUACGCUAUAGGUGGUUAUAAUGGUCAAACACCGAUAAGUAAAGUAGAAAAAUUUAAUGGAACAACUCAAGAAUGGAUUGGGAUGAAAAAUUUGAAAUACGAUAGAAGUGGUCUCUCCGUUUGUGUACUUAAAGGUUCUUCUAAGGGCAAGGAUUUCACUUAUCUUGGAGCACCGAGUAAAUCACUAUUAAAAAGUGGCUACAGCAAAUUAACUCAAAUUGCAAGAGUUCAACUUUAAGUAUCGUUCUGCCGUAUCAAGUAUAUUAAAAUGAUAUUUACAUGAUUUUCCUUAAAAUAUUUAUAAUUCAUAUUUAUUCAGAAACACUAAGAUUUCAAUAAAAGAUUAUUAAAAUAUUGUUUGUUGAA